CUCUGUCUCCACCAUAGCAAAACGCUACUGUAUCUACUCCCCUUAUUUCAGAAAUGGGACAUCUUCAAAUUUGGCCGCUGUACGCCUGUGCGAUCCUGUCUCUGACGAACGGCUUGAGCCAGGGGGAACUGAAAGAGGCCAUGCUUCAUAAGCUUGGACUGAAAGAAAUACCCAGGAUCCAUGAAAGGGAUUUAGAGAACCUGGUGGUUCCGAAACACAUCCGAAGUAAGUACAUGUCCUUGCUGAAACUGCAACACGAGAGGAGACGUCGCUCUCUGCCUAGUCUAGCCGGAAUCCUCAGGGGCAUCCCCGGGAACCCAGAUGUGUUGGGUGGGAUUCUGUACUCUGACGCAACCAGAGAGAGGUUAGUGUUCGACAUGGAGGCUAAGGUUCCCGUCAACAGCGAGGUGACCCUGGCGGAGCUCAGGCUGUACCAGAACGCCCCGCGCAAGUUGACUCCGGCGGGGAGAAAAAAACACAGACCGGUUAACAACGCCCGGGUCAGCGUCUACUGGGUAGACAUUCUAGAAAACGGUUCCAACCGUUCCUCUCUCGUGGAUUCAAGAUUGGUUUCAAUCCAUGAGACCGGGUGGAAGGGCUUCGAUGUGACUCAGGCAGUGCACUACUGGUCGAAGGGAAGUCGCGAGGCGCCGCUGCACUUGGAACUGCGCGUGGAGGCCGAAAGACCGGGAAGCUACGCGGCGGAGAUGGCCAAAAGCGUGUGCUUCACCGCGCAGGACCCAUCUGAACAGACCACAGAAAAGCCAGAACUUCUUCUCUACACCUUGAACCUGGAGGAUUAUAGUUCCAUUGGGGAUUGCCAGUCCAGCACACCAAACGCCAUGUGCUGCAGAGAGGAACACUUUAUUAACUUCCGCGAGCUAACUUGGACCCAAUACUGGGUCAUCGAACCUGCGGGCUACCAGUCAUUCCGAUGCGUAGGAGAGUGUAAGCAGCCAACUCUUCAUUAUGGCUAUGGAGAGCGGCGGUGCGCGGCCACGGAAAGCGCGCCACUACCUAUUAUGUACCUGGUGAGGAAAGGAGACUACACAGAAAUUGAAGUGGCUGAGUUUCCUAAUAUGAUAGUGGAGAAGUGCGGUUGUACAAUGGACAAUGUGGGCCUAUCUGUUUGAAGACGCGGACAGGGCGCUCCAUCUCAGAGAGAGAGAGAGAGAGAGAGCAGCGAGUCUAACGCGCAGUACUUAUUUUUUCAACGAAAACCAUUAUAUCAUAAAACAAUUAUGAUAAAAAGGAGAGUUGUUGACUUGGAUAUUUCUGUCAACAUGUAUUUAAGUAAUCACUUGUUCUUGGAGCACUUGAAAUACCCAGCCGAAUUUGUCAUGCAGAAAAGGCCUAAGGGAAUAUUAGUUAAUUGCAUAUUUUUAUUAUAAUAAAUCCGUUAAUCAAUGUCAAUCCAUGGGUCUUAUCAUCUGUUGUCCAAAAGUGAUAGGGUAGCCUAUACAGUCAUGAAGCUGGGUUCAUGGUUCUCUCAUUUCAGAUCACUCCCCCAAGAGUCAGACCUUCUUCUGUGGUAAAACAGCUUGGCAGGGCAAAGGCUUUGGGAUCCAGUGUUUGAUUUGGGGAUGUAUUAAGAUUCAGUUUCACAUUUCAUAGCACUGCAUGUAACAGAGUUACUGAUACAAAUGUAAAUCUACACUGUAAACCCAAAUAGGUUGGCAGCACUCAGAAAU